AAGUUAGAAUAAAAUACGUGACAAAAGAAAUUUCUAAUAAGUGAUAUAACUCUAUUGCAAAGAAUAUUUAACCGAACUAUUCCUCGCGAAUGUAGUGACAAGUAAGUUUUAAUUAAGGAGAUAAACUAUUUUGCUAAGAAAAAAAACUGUGAAAAGUUUAUGAAAGUUUACACGCCAGAAAGUGAGUCAUGAAAGCAAGUGUUAUUGUCGUUAUUUUAUGUCUCAUUGUACAGCAAACGAAUUGCGAGAAAAAAUGUCACCAAAAAUGCAUGUGUAACCCAAAAGUUCUCACUUGUAAAGGUUUUAAUCAAAAUGACAUUGAGGGUGAUGAAUUUGCGAACUCAAUUACAACUGAUCUUGUAAGAAUUCAUAUAACUGAUGGUGAUAUUCCUGAAUUGCCAAGAAAUCUUGUUGGAUCAUGUGCUGACGACUCCAGUUAUCAUCUGAAUGCUUUGAAAAAGUUAGAUUUACAAAACAAUGGGAUAAAAACAAUAAAUGGACAAACACUCCACUGCAUGCCAAAUUUGGAAGAAUUGAACCUUGCAAAUAAUCAGUGGGACGUUUCCACAGCGCACACACGGACAUUUUCAAAUAUUCAAAAUUUGAAAAAGUUAAAUUUAAGUGACGCUUUGCAUGACGAGAUUGACAGCAAAGUUAAAAGUACCCAUCUUCGGCUUGUGUUCUUGGAAAGUCCAUUUACCAAACUUGAAGUAUUGGCACUUGACAACAACAAAUUAUCGGUUUAUGACGCUGAUACUGCUAAUACAAUGUGUACAUUUACAUCACUAAAGAGAUUGAAUCUUGCUCACAACACACUUCCGCGCUUGACAUUUUAUCAUAAAAGGUGUAUGCCACAUCUGGAAUGUCUUGAUUUAUCUUAUAAUAGUUUAAGUACAUUCGAAUCAUAUUCCAACCUUAAUGGGUUACUAUUUUCACUAGAUCAGAUUCAGAAAGCAUCAAAUGUUUCUGUCAACUUCUUUGGAAAUGAAUUCGACUGUGAUUGCCAGUUGCGAGAAUUCCAUGACUGGUUAAAUAGAACAGAAGUCCAUGUAUUAGAGAAAGACAAACUGACAUGUCAUGACGGUGUUCUCUUUGAAAAGUCCAUAAUGUCAGUCGAGUCAGCUGAAUUUGAGUGUUUCUCGUUGGAUAUUAGCAGCUCUGGGGACAGUAGCAGUAACAGUUCUGGGUAUAAUACAGCCGUUGGUGUUUUGGUAGCAAUGGUCGUCUUGCUUGCUAUAUUCCUGAGUGUAAUUGCUUAUAUUCUACAUGUUGUUAGUUCAUACAAGAGACAGCCAAUGGCCAAGAAGCAAUUGUUAAGUAAUUAUUCAUCAGAAAAUAAUGAAAAUGCAAGACAUGGAAAUCCUACAUUAUUUACAAAUUAUAUGUAGGUUUCUAUUAGAUAUGUAUGACCUUCCCUUUUUUGUUAAAAUAGUUAGAAAUAUCUAAUACAACUGUACAAUGUAUGUUAUCGCUAAUAUUCUGCAUUUCUGAAAGUUUGAGUCUAGUUCAGAACAUUUAUACAGAUUUGUACAUGUAUAUUUUUAUUAUUUUAUAGUUGUUUUGGUGAAAAUUUACAUUUUUUAUUUUUCGGAUAUACUUCA